AUGGCAAAAAGGCGGAAGCUGGCGCGCCAACAGGCUGCACAGCGACCUUCCGGGCGUCCGCAGCAAAAGGACAAGAGCCAAUCGAAGAAGCCCCUCCAACCCAAGCCAGCCAAGAAGCACCGUCAGCAGCAGCACGACGAGCCGGUGAUCCCCUUCAGCCCCGGCGACCGCAUCCUGCUGGUGGGAGAGGGCGACCUGAGCUUCGCCGCGUCCAUCAUCGAGCACCACGGCUGCACAAACGUCACGGCGACGGUGCUGGAAAAGGACCAUGCCGAGCUGCUAGCAAAGUACCCCGCCGUGGAUACCAACAUUGCCGUCGUCAACCGCCGCCCGGAUCCCCCCAGUCACGGCGCCGGGGCCGAUGCCGACCCAGACGGUCAACCGGACGGCGAUGAUGACGAUGAAUACGACGAGGACGACGACAAUUCCGACGCUGUCAAUUCCAAGAAGCGCAAGAUCGUCAACAACAAGCUGGUCUACAACGUCGACGCCACCAAGCUCCCUCCCUCCGUCGCCCGCGUCCCCCACGACCGAAUCAUCUUCAACUUCCCCCACGUCGGCGGCAAGUCCACAGACGUCAACCGCCAGGUCCGCUACAACCAGGAGCUCCUCGUCUCCUUCUUCCAGCGCGCCCUCGCCUCGCCCGCCGCCCCGCUCGCCCGCGGCGGCUCCAUCGUCGUCACCCUCUUCGAGAGCGAGCCCUACACCCUCUGGAACAUCCGCGACCUCGGCCGCCACGCCGGCCUCCAGCUCGAGCGCAGCUUCCGCUUUCAGGCCGACUCGUACCCGGGCUAUCACCACGCUCGCACUUUUGGCGUCGUGAGGAAUAAGAAGGGGGAGGAGAGCUCUGGUUGGAAGGGCGAGGACAGGCCCGCGAGGAGCUAUGUUUUUAUGAGGAAGGAAGAGAUACAGAGCCAGGUGGGCAAGAAGCGGAAGCGAUCUGGCGACGACUCUUCGAGCGACGAAGACGACGAGUGA